AACCCGUAAAACUCUGAAAACGUUUUCAAAAAUAUCGACGUCUCGAAAACGUUCCGAAUUCCGUGGAGAAGUUGUGUUAGAAAAUCGUCCAAAAAGCAAGGUAGGAGCGUUUUUAUACGGCAUCGUUUUACUCUAAGAAGAGAUUAAGCAUUACUAAAGGCAUUUAGAGUGUUUAAUUCUGGCAGCCGUUAAUGUGGGGACGAAAAAUUGAGAUUUUUCGAAGCGACUUAUAUCGCUCCGUGCUGCGAUAGACUUUCCAUAUACGGUAUACGGGCAAAUAGUACUAUUUUAUAGAGGCCGAGUUGAAAUUUUAUCUUCGAAACGGGAAAGGACCGCGAUUUUUUGAGAGGAACUCAUUGCUUCUUGUUAAACAUAAAGAGUCUAUUUGGCUCUCAAAUUCAUCGCUUUUGAUGUUUUUGAAUUAUUUUCCUGGUCAAUUCCAGUGCAUUUGUAGUGCUUAUUUUGCAUGUGAAUAAUUAAUGAGCUGACAGAAACAUGGAAAAGGGACUAAAAUCUCAUCAUCUUGGACACAAAAAGAAAUUCCACAGCCCGCUUGGGGGAAAACGCCUGCACAAAGCAUCGAUUUUACCCAAAUUUAGUGUUAAUCUCAAAGAGCCAGAUAAGGCAGGAGUAAAAACUAAACAUGGGUCUAGGGGGUCGAAACUCAAAUUCCAAAUGGGCGGGGAUAGUACCGACCCGUUGAAUUUAAACAGCUUGAUCGAUAGAGACCCUGCAGAGGUAACACCACAGUGUUCACCUUUUGUUGAUCGUAUGAAGGAGUUGUCACCGCAAGUUCUUAUUGCAAGGGACGUAACUGAUCCUUUGAAUCUAAAAUGCCAUGUGUAUCAGGACUUGAAAGGGAUGGUGACGCUGGCAAAAAAGAAGCGGAAACGCAAGCGAAACGACAGCGGUUGCUUCGACGACGAACAGGAAAAUAAAAAUAAAAAAGAAACCGAUGUAAACAAAGAGGAUCUAGUUUCGCCGAAAUUUAAAAAGAAGAAAAUGCAGAAGCAUGGAAGAGAUGGAAAAGAGGUUAAAAUUAAAGAAAAGAAGAAAAACAAAGUGGAAAAGGAAUUGGAUACCACGGAUGGAACUAAAAUUGAGAAAAUAUCAUUAGAGGGAGAAAAAGUUUCGGAAAGUAUGUAUGAAAAACCAGAAACGAGUGUUAAGGAUGAAAAAUUAAGUUCUGAAGUCAAAGAAGAGUCUAUGAAUGAAAAAGCAAAAGAGACUCUUAGUUUUAAUGAUAAAUUGCCGAAACCAAAAACUGAGCCAAAAAAUGCUGGAAAAUCUGGCUCAAGCAAACAAAAACACCAAAAGACUUUCCUUUAUGGUAACUAUAAUCGUUACUAUGGUUACCGUAAUCCGAAAGUUCCAGAUGACCCUCGGCUCAAGUUGUUCCAUCGCGAGUGGUUCCAAGAUAAGACUGUGUUAGAUAUUGGUUGUAACAUAGGUAACAUUACCUUAGAACUAGCUCGGAGUUUUUCACCCAAGCAUGUAUUAGGUAUUGACAUUGAUAGCUCGUUAAUACGAGCUGCCAAUAAGUCUCUAAGGUGCACAAUUCAAAAGAAUAUAAGAAAGAAGCCAACGCAGUCAUCAGAUUUUCCCAUGUCAUUUAUGGUGUGUCGUGGUCCAAUUGUGUCUCGGACAUCUCCAACCGAAGGAAGAACAGGAUUUCCUUAUAAUGUGCAGUUUAAAGAGGUAAGUGUGCUAUGGAAAUUUACCCUCUCUUUUAGAUGACAGACAGCAACAUAAUGUUGUAGUAGCCCCCCCCCCCCCGCAUAACGCCUCGGCGGCACUGGUGUGAUGUACCUUGAAUGUGCGCAAGGAAGGAAGGGAAUUUUCAUGUAUGUCUCAUAAUUUGCGGGUAUAUAGCCCGCAUGUUUAACUACGUAUAGCCAGCCUCCAUGUUUAGCCAGUGAUUGUCUUUAUUCUUUAACUAUACAGCUAUACAGAGUGACUCAAUAGGUUAAUCUGCCCAUGCAUCCUGUUAAACCUUAAGUGGCAAUGUGCCCUGAUGCCCCCACUUUAUUAAGUUACUUUGUUUAAUGCCAGAUGAGUUUACUCCUCAGGGGAGAGUGCUGCCACUCAAUGGGUUAAAUUGCCUGGGCAAUAAAUGUUACUGUUGUAUUAACCCAGUGAGCAUCGGCACUCUCUCAACAUUGAUGAGUAAAAUUGACUGAUGUUAGACAGAGUAAAAUAAUAUUAUUAAUGUAGGGUGCAGUCAUGUUUUUCUGAACCCUUAAAACAACUGGUCAACAUCUGUCACUGUUGGUUUAGUAGGUGCAAAAUGGGUUAUCCCCGGACCCCUGUACAUAGUCAUAGUCAUAGAAUUCUGACAUCACAAGUUAUUAAGUUAGUCUGCCCCCCCCCCCCCAAAAAAAAAAAUUAAAAAAAAAUACUGGAUCCACCACUGGACAUUUCUUAACUCGGGUCUGAAUGUCAAAAUGUUGCAGGCUAACUGAAUUUCCCAAAUUCAUUGCCUAAUUUUUGUUUACAUCUGUUCACACUAAGCCAUUAAAACUUCCUGACAGCUUUUUAUAAAUUUGGAAAUAUUUCUUCCGAAAUCUUGUCUGAAUUGAUAUGAGUUUACUUCCCUGAACGACUGAAGUUUUGAAAUAAGCAGACGUGCAGGAAUACACAAGCCAGAACAGCCGGUGAAACCGACCCCAUGGUGUUAGCUACAGUAAAAAUUCGCCGUUUACACAAUUCGCCGUUUACACAAUUCGCCGUUUUCAAAAUUACGUUUAGCCAGCAGCCCAGCAAUUUCACAUUUUUAGAUAAGCCAAAAACGUAACUAUUAAUAGUAUAUAUUAUAUAAAAGAUUGGGUGCCUAAAAUAUAUAUCUGUCUGUUUUUAAUGCGCAAAACAAUGUCACGUGACUUGCACUUCAAAAGUUUCAAUUUAGCUCAGCUGGCGCUAGGCCACGAGAUCCUGACUAAGAAACAUGAUAUUCCUUAACUCCGGGCUGAAUGUCGCAGGAUAACUCCGUUCUAGCCUGCGGGCAGCCCCACUGCCCCAUACCACAUACCUUCCCUCGUUUACGUGGUAUGGGGCUGCCCGCAGGCUACUCAUCUUCUGGAUUACUUGUAUUUUUGUAUUCAAGCCAAAACAUGCAUUAGUCAUUACGGUAUACUAAUCUUUUAAAAACACUUAUCUUUCUUUUAAAAAAACUGAGAUUCCCUUAUAUAGUACUUGCAAUAGUGAAUUCAUACAUAACUUCCAAACUACUUUACUCCCAAACUACGAUUGUUUUACAGUCUGUUGGCUUGGCCGUGAAAGCGAUAUAAAUAACGUGGUUUGAACAACUACAGCGUACUAAAAUGCUUAAGAAAAUGCAAAUUAUUGUCACCUUUGGCUUUGUCUUAUAAGAUUAAGGGUAUUGUUAACGAGCACGUUGCCGUUGUAUUUGCCAAACUCUCUAUCACAGUUUCGAUACGGAUUCGCAAAACGAGCUCAAAUAGUGAAAAAAAUUGAAAAAUAAUAAAAAGAUAAUAAAAAAUGCUAAAGUGGAGCAAGAUAAAGACGGUGCCCCUGUUGACAGGAAGCCGCCAAGGCCGGAUUAACCAUAUCACAAAUGGCAGAAGCGGCAUAUGAAACUGCUUGAAUCUGAGACGUUGGAAAAUUUCACCGGCAAAAUCAAAAAAUUUUAUAGGCAAACUAUAAAAUAUGUACUUGUUUUAAAAUCUAAGACUAAGUAUUGCAAUGUAUUAUAUAAUGCAAUAUGUAGCUGUCAGCCUGUCAUACGAUAUUAUUGCUCAUACCCAUUGUGUCACUGAAGAUACAAGUGUCGGGAGUCAGUUGACGAAGGCGAGGGUAAAAAGUCGAAGGUAAUAUAAAUUGUCGAGGGUCGAAAAAUCACAAGAAAAAAGGUGCUAUAUUAAGGUCAGGUAACCGCUUCGGAUAAAGAAAUAGCGAAAAUUACGUAAUCUUCUUGGAAUUUUGUUAUAUGAGUACUUUUAUACCAACAAAUGAAACGUAGCCUAUAUGCUUUUCACGUAGCCUCCUCCGCAGGCAACUGUGUAGUUCUGCAACGUUAUAUUAACUAUAAAAGAUUUAUCAGGAACGUAGAAAAUACAAGGAAAUAGUUCUGAAAUCGAUAUGAUAUUAAUAAACAAGAAGCGUAAAUUAAAAAGGCCUGGAGCGGAAAAUUAGGAUGGCUUGUGGGUAAUGUAGGAAGUAAUCGCCUCCCCCCCCCACCCCCCCCUUUCCCGCCUCCCUAUUUUUCCGCUCCACGCCAUUUUAUCUGAUUAAUAUAUCAUCAUUUAUAGACCCUCCGCUCAGGGGAUUCAGCGAAAUAUUACCCGAAGUGAUGAUAUUUCCCGGGGGGGGGGCUUUGCCACGAGGGAAAUAUCAUCACCGAAAAUUAAAAGCCUCCAAGUUGAGUAUUAAAAACUUGACACAUACCUUCGUGAAUACGAUGUUUUAUUUUCGGAUUAACGCAAGUAUCGUCGCUUUUCUUUCGAAUCACAUAUCGUUUGGAAUAUUAAUGACAACAUUUUUCAAAAUUUGCUUCAAAAUUUUGAAAAAGCCCCAGGCUUUACGUUUAAAGUGGAAGUCAAGUCCGUAAUGUAAACAAACGGUUUGUUUACAUUUUGAACUGCUGUAUUUUUUAAAAUAUGAUGUACUGUCUGAAUAUAUAACCCCAUUUUGGUUCGCUAUGCUUUUAAAUGAAUAUGAAAUAGAGUUUAUGUUCAGAAAAAUUCGAAAUUUGGGCAAUGUUCACAUAUUUAGUCAUUUAGAGGGUCGUCACAUUGUUAUGAGCAGAACCGAUGCGCAGAACGGACUUGACUUCCACUUUAAAUUUUGAUUAUUCAUCACUCAUCAAUACUAUUUAUAUUUUGUCGGCCAUGUUGUUGUCAUGCGUGUUGUCUCGCGUGGUCUACGCGAAUAAUGUUCCACCCCAUGUUCCCCGGGGAACGCAGGCUCCCUAAUUGAUGGCGGAACGCAGGCUCCCUAAUUGAUGACGUAAGGCGUGAUAUCGCGAUUAAUUUCAUGUUCACGUGGUACAAACUAAGCUUCCUGAUUGGACAAUUUGAAUUUGAGGUAUAAUAUCAUAUCUUAUCAUGUCGUAUUUCAGAACUAUUUCCUUGUAUUUUCUACGUUCCUGAUAAAUCUUUUAUAGUUAAUAACGUUGCAGAACUACACAGUUGCCUGCGGAGGAGGCUACUUUUCACGCACAUACAAAAAAAUAUUAAUUUUAGUUCAAAUUAUUGAUGUUUAUUUCUUCUUUCUUUUUUAAAUACACAGCCGGCAACUUUUCAACACAUGGAAUACAAAAGGAUAUUUUUGAAUCUUCCGAAUUCAGUGUUUAAAAUGCCGUUGGGGAGGGGGGGGGGGGCGGGGUCAAGGGGCUACGCGCUCAUAAUAUAUAGUAGGGAGUUGUAAGACGGUGACGUCAGGACGACGGCUAAACAAACUGUUUGAAAUAAAUGAUUGUAUGGAAAUCUUGUCUUGUAUUUUCUUUCGUAUGAAUUUAAAAUAGUUUCGAAAGCGUAAAACAGAGCUUUAACCUUCAGAGCAGUUUUGAUUAACGCCGCUAGAAAAACUACCAGUCACGGCGUGAAAUGCUAGCGUACUACACAGAACGUGAAAAUAUGCAUUUUGCCGUUGUCAACAGAGCUUGGACGACGUCUAAAACCCCUACUAAACAUUUAAUUAUUCAUAUUUUUUUUGUGAUAGGAUCAUAGAUAUCUUACCGGUAUAUAAACUAGAUAACGCAUCUCUUUUAGUAAAAUUGAAGCCAAGAAUAUUCCAGCGGUUACCCCCAUUUGAAUAGAUGGCGGCCAUGUUGAAGUUUCCCACUCGCUAAUAAACGCUUAAAAAACAACAGUAACUUUCAUCAUUUGAAUAGUUUGAAAAUGUAUUUGGAAUAGGUUUAAUUUAAUGUUUAAGUUCCCUGUUUAAGAAAUAGAAAACAUACGAGUCUUCUCAUUUCAUGGGAAUAUCCUGAGUCUGCAAUCACGACUUCAAUUUUUGAAUUGCAGAAUAAUUAGAUGCACUAUGUAGUGUAAAUAAGAUAUCUAUGGAUAAGAUUAAUAUCAUUCUAUUGAUAGCCGUCGUCCUGACGUCGCCGUCUUACAUUCGUAAACUCCCUAGUUUACACGAUUCACGAUGCGGCGAGAGAAGACGCGUUAGAAAUUCUUGGUAACUACCGCGGCCCAAGCCUCGUCGUCUUACUUUGGUCGGAAAAUUCUAGGUUUUUCAAAAUCUUUGUAAUUUUUGUUUAAACACCACUGAAAAUGUAAUCAAAGGUAGCUACUUCAUAAAAUAAAGUAACAAGUUAAGAACUUAAAUUCACGUUUUCAAUGCAAAAAUAUUCGAUGCUCAGGUUAGAUAGAUAGAAACUUUAUUUAUACACGCUGACCCCGUCAACCGAGGCUGGUUUCCACGGGGGGCAUGUGCAAAAAUAGAAAAAUGCUACAUGGAGAUAUUAAAAGAGUUAAGUUUAAAAAUGUAGAAUCUUAAAUUAUUUACAUGACAAGAAGGUUGUUAGAAUAUUUACAGUUACAUCAAUUUACUUAUUACUUUAUGUCAAUUUUGUGAGCAGCGAUUUUAUUUCGAAAGGAAGAAAGAAUUUUGCAUUCCCUAAUUUCCUUUGGAAUAGAAUUCCAAAGGUGUGCUCCUUCAUACAUGAAACUAUUUUUCAUAUUGUUAGUACGCGGUUUUGGUAAACUAAGACCACUUGAAAUGUCCCGAAGGUUGUAGUUUGUUUUCUCACAUUGGUAUGAAAAAAGAUUGGUGAGUGAUUUAAAGGACCCAUUCUAUUUAAUACUUUGUACAUCAUUUUUGCCUUGGCUUUCUUCCUUUCUGACUUGAAAUUCGCAGCGUAAUGAUCACAACGUGAAAUUGACAAAAUUCCUUCGUAGAAUGGUCGACUACGCGUUGGAAUAGGCAAUUCCAGCUUUUAGUUUAUGCCUGCAGGGGAUGAUGGGAAGUAAGGUAUCAUAGUGCUAUAAUAAAUUGCUUCAAUAAAAACAACCGAAAUAUUUCAAUAUUUACAAGUAUAAGCUAUCACUCCGUGAUACCUUACUUCCCAUCGUCCCCUGCACGCAUAAACUAAAAGCUGGAAUUGCCUAUUCAACACAAGACGCGUUGGCCGCGCUAGUUACCCGGCCUUCCGAACGCGUCAUCUUUAGCCGCGUCGUGAAUCGUAAAUCUCUGAUAUGCCACGGGCUCCGCGAAACGUUAAUCCGGCCCGGCCGCCAAGCGCUCAGUUUUCAUCUCGCUCCGUUUAGAAACUGUGAGGGGCAAAAGUGAUGCUUUCAAACAAUUUCGCUCUGUAUUGUGGCUUUUCCGCGUCGUUUUCAAACCACUCCGGCGAAGUGUGAACGUAUAUAUGUAGUCUUAGAAUGAGCCAAUGGAACCAAAUAUGAACAAUUUGUAGUAAUCAUUAUUUAAACCAUAAUAUGCCCACAAUGUCAAUUUGUAAAAUACUUGUUAUUAAAAUUAUUUUGCUAAUUUAUAUUUGUUCAGGAAAAUUUUGUCCUUCAAAAUGACAAAGCAUUGGCUAAACAGAAGCCAACCUAUGAUGUGAUACUUUGUCUAAGUCUCACAAAAUGGAUCCACCUGAACUGGGGUGAUGAGGGACUUAAGAGGACAUUUCAAAGAAUGUUCUUGAUGUUGAAACCAGGUGGACGACUGUUGCUGGAGGCUCAACCUUUUAACUCUUAUUCAAGGAGAAAGAAUCUCAGUGUAAG